AUGCUGUACGGCGCGGGCUCGUCCAACACCGAGCCUCUGCUGAGCGCCUGGUUUCGCGCGUACCACUUCAUGCGCGACGAUGUUGGGAAGAACCUGUGGCGUGUCCGCAGAUUCAACUACUCGGCCAUCGGCUCAACUGCGGCCCUCGCCCAAUACUCCAAUGGAGCUCUGGACUUCAUGGUGCUGGACCGCGCGAUUCCGACAAACGAGGAGGCGCGAUUGGGCAACCUCGCCCAGUUCCCCUUGGCCGCCCAGGCCAUGGUGCUGGCCUACAACAUCUCCACGCUCGGCCCCCAAGACCCCCACCUGGUCUUGGACCGGGAGACGAUCGGACUCAUAUGGGCGGGGAACAUCGCCACAUGGGACGACCCGAUCAUCAAGCGACUCAACCCGCUGCUGGCCGACAAGCUGCCCGCCGAGCCCAUCAUGCUGGGCUAUUCGGACUCCAACUCGACGCUGUCGGCCAUCGAGAUCUUCAAGCGCGCGCUCGAGAACUUCAGCCCGGAAUUCGCGCGGGCCUUCGCCGAGGCCAAUCGCACGUUCGCCCUCAUGCGCCCUGCGCUCACCGGCACCGCCAUGCCGACGGGCGUGACCUCUGACAACCGAAUCAGCUUUCUCCGGGCCAACCCCAAUUCGAUGACGUUCCUCAACUAUGGGCAAGUGCGGAAGAAGGGCCUGGGGUGGGUCAACAUGAUCAACAGGGCCGGCAACCUGGUCGAGCCCAACGCUACGACGGUCGGGUCGGCGAUGAACGACUUCUCCGACUGGUUUGACGACGGCGAGUUCAACAUCGACAUCUACGACGCCGGCGGUGCCAACUCGUGGCCGUUCUCCUUCAUCUCCUACUUCUCGAUCAACAAGGACGUGCAGACGUUCGACUGCACCAACAUUCAGGAGCAGCUCAACUUCGUCUCCUGGAUCUACACCAAUGACGCUGUGUCGGAGGUGGCGUUGGACGAGGUCGACUUCGUGCCGCUGAACGUCUCGCUGCGCAAGCGGUUGAUCGACCGACUGGUCUCGGUGCAGUGCAACGGCCAGAAGGCGGUCACCACGCCCUACCUCAUUGGCAUCGGCCCGGCGCUGCCGCUCUACACAUCGUGGGCCGUGGCGCAGAGCGGCCUGUCGGCCAAGGUCAAGUACUACGUGUCGACGUCCAAGGAGGCCAAGAAGAACCUGGCCACGGGCGACGAGGACUUUGGCACCACCAACGACGGGCUCUCCGCGCGGUGGCUCGGCGUCAUGGACGACGUGGCCCUCAUGCCCGCGGCCGCCUUUGCAAUAGCCCCAGGGUUGGUGACGGUUUGGUCAGGGUAUCAUCUGCCAGAGGUCGGGAAGGGUCUAGUGCUGGACUUCAACGUGAUUGCAGCGAUCUAUCUCAAUUCGAUUACGAUGUGGAACGACCAGCGCAUCAAGAACCUGAACACGCCAGAGGUGGCCGCCCUCCUACCGGCGCAGCCCAUCAUCGUGAUCACCCAGUCCAUCCAAUCCGCCGUCACACGGCUCUUCACCGCGGUGCUUAGUGCGCGCGUGCCCGAGUUUGCUUCUCUGGUGCGUUCUGCCGCAAAUCAGCCCACCAGCCGAUUUCCUGACAUCGCUUCCCCCGUAGGGUCGGGCAGCAUGGCCGAGUUCCCAGUGCAGUCGGCGGUCAACCGGUCCAUCGUCACGGCGGAUGUCGCCGGAGUGAUUCCCCUAAUGAGUUCCACGCCCUACUCAUUCACAUUCUGGACCAACUACGACCUCAUCAUCACACGAGGGAUCAACCCCGCCGCACUGAUCAAUCCGGCGGGCUUCGCCGUAGCCCCAACGACCAGUUCGGUUAUUAGUGCUCUGGACGACUACGUGGCCGUGGGCUCCCGGAGCAUCUCCUACGACGCCCUCGCGCUCGGUCCGGGCAGGUAUACGUGGCCGCUGGUGACGUUCGGCUCGUUCAUCUAUCGACAAAGCGCGAUGCAGGACUGCGCCAAGGCCGCCGCUCUAGCCGAGUUUCUCUACUGGUCCCAGACUAGCUCCGCGGCCGAACAGAUCGCCAGCAGGUUGCGCGAACUUAUCGAUAGCCACAGUGAUCAGCAAGGAUUCGUGUUGGCGACAUCGGUCGACAUUCUGCGGCGCCACUUCUUCAACCUGCUGGCCAACUUCACAUGCCAGGGUAGACCCGUGAGCUCGGUGCACGGCUGCGUGCAAAAUGGCGAGCUAUGCUCGGGCGCGGGCUCCUGCUCCAACAACUCGUGCCUGUGCAACAAGGGCUGGUGCGGCACCUUCUGCCAACGGCGGUGCAGCAACGACUCCCCCGCCACCCUGCCUAUCGUCCUUGGCAUUGCCAUACCGACGGUGGUGGUGAUCGUGAUCUUCGUGUGUGCGCUCCUGCUGACGUGUGCAAUCGCAUGGCGGAGGCGCGGCGAUCCGGACAAGGACUGGGAGAUCGACUACGACGAGCUCACCAUGGGGCCGCAGCUGGGCGUAGGCGGCUACGGCGAGGUCUACCGGGCCUUGUGGAAGGGCACCGAGGUCGCCGUCAAGGUCAUGCCCGCCGAUCGCAUCACCCGCGACAUGGAGAAGAGCUUCAAGGAAGAGGUGCGUGUGAUGACUUCGCUGAGGCAUCCCAAUGUGGUGCUGUUCAUGGCCGCCAGCACCAAGCCGCCCAAGAUGUGCAUCGUCAUGGAGUACAUGACGCUCGGUUCCCUCUACGACUUGCUGCACAACGAGCUGAUUUCGGAGCUUCCUUUCGAGCUGAAGGCCAAGAUGGCCUACCAGAGCGCCAAGGGCAUGCACUUCCUCCACUCCUCGGGCAUCGUGCACCGCGACCUAAAGUCGCUCAAUCUCUUGCUCGACGCCAAAUGGAAUGUCAAGGUUCAUUCCUCACACCUGGUGUCGCGCGUUGUCGAGUGGGUCACAGAGCUGCAUGCUGAUGUAUACGUGAGCGACUUCGGGCUGACGCAGUUCAAGGAGGACCUGAAGAAGGGUGGCGGGAACAAGGUCGUGGGGAGCAUUCACUGGAUGGCGCCGGAGAUCAUCAUCGAGGAAGACCAGCCCGACCUUGCUCUGGCCGACGUAUACAGCUUCGGGAUCGUCCUCUGGGAGCUGCUCACUCGUCUCCAGCCCUACGCCGGCAUGAGCCCGGCAGCAGUGGCGGUGGCGGUGAUUCGCGAUAAGAUGCGACCGUGGAUGCCGGAGAACACGCAACAGCUGUGCCCGGAGGAGUACGAGGACCUCAUCUACGCGUGCUGGCACGAGGAGCCGCACGCCCGCCCGAGCUUUCUCGAGGCCAUGACGCGCCUCAGCGCCAUGUUCGAGGGUACAGCCACCCCGCGGCGCGGUGGCCACAACGGCAGCCGCCACAGCGACCCGUCCUCUUCGCUGGCGGGCGCGGCAUCCGACCGUGCGUCGACAUUGCGACAAUUGUCGACAGCUGCAGCAGCUGCGCUUGUGGCGGGCGAUCGACCGCAAGCCCUGGAUUCGUCGUGGACCCUGCCGUCGGGUUCGGUCCGCUCCAUGUUCUCCGUCAACUCGUCGAUGCACUACUACCAUCAUCGUCACGACCACGACCACGGCAACUACGCUGAUCAUGAUCACGAUGGCCGCGACUCUGACUCGGAGCACAGCACCGUCGAUGGCGACGGCGAAAAGAGCGAAUGUGAAUACGAAAGCGAGAGCGAAAGCGACAGCCAAAAGAGCGAAGGCGGUCGGGAAGAACGAAGAAGUGCGAAGGGGGUAGCGGCGGCGAUGGCACAUCCGGCGCGAUCAGUGCCCCCUCCCGCAGGCGAUGUGACGAUCGUGUUCGCCGAUAUCGCGAGCGCGGCCUCGCUCUGGGAGUUCGACCCGGCCGGCAUGAAGCGCGCCACGCUCGCCUACAACCAGUUGCUGCGCUCGCAAUUGCGUCAGCACAGCGGGUACGAGGUCCUGUGCGCCUCGCCCGCCGUGGACCACCACCUUCGCGACGACGGCUACGGUGGCGGCGAUGCUGACGUGGCGCCAGCGAUGCCGACCCAUCACAGCACGGGCGAGGGCUCGUUCUGCAUGGCCUUCCAGCACACGCACGACGCGGUGGCCUGGUGCGUCGACGUGCAGGCCAGUAUGCUCGGCUCGGUCGAUUGGCCCGCGUCGCUCCUCCAACACCCGGCCGCUGCCGAGGAGCGCGACCCCACCGACAAUCGGGUGGUGUAUUGGGGGCCGCGAGUGCGGAUGGGCGUGCACGUGGGGCCAGUGCGCGGGACGAUGGACCCGCUGACGCGGCGCGUCGACUACGCGGGGCCGGUCGUGUCCGCCGCCGCGCGCAUCACCGCCCUCGCGCUCGGCGGCCACGUCGUGCUCAGCCAGGCGGCCCUCCACUCGCUCGACCAGAGCCACCAGUCCGCCGGCGGUGGAAUGCCAACCGUGGAAUGCCUCGGCUCCUUCGACAUUCCCGACAUUCCACUCGGCGUCAGAUUGUACGAAUUCCUGAUACCGGGGCUCGAGGGCCGUUUGACUCUGGACGGGGGCAGCGGGCGCGGCAAGUACAUCAACAGCGACGAUGACAGCAACGACGACCAGGAGAGCAAACCCAACCGCUCGAACGAGGCGCUCGAGAGCGGAGACGGCGAAGACGUAGGCGUGCAUGUCGACCGGCGCGGCCGGCGACGUCAUCACUACCACCGCAGCUCCCGCCGCCAUCGCCACCACCGUCACCACGGCCAGAUCAACUCUCGCCGACCCAGCGCCGCAGCCGUGUUGACAGGCGCCAUGGCCGCCGCGGCCGAUACAGUCGACGAGAACGGCGAGCUGGACGUGCUGACGUCAGCCAACGCGUGUCGGUGGAUCCUGUCGCCGGGGGACAUCACCGUGGGCGAGCCCCUGGGGCCGAUGGUCCACCGCGGCCGCUGGAAGGGGAUCGACGUCGUGGUCAAGCGGUUUGGCCACCACCCGCGCACCGUCCCCGAGCGCCAGCUCCUCGACUUCCGGGCCGAGGUCGCCCUCCUCUCCAACCUCCACCACCCCAACGUCAUCCUCUUCAUCGGCGCGUGUAUGCGGAAGAAUCUGUGCAUUGUGACAGAGUACGUGAAGCGCGGGAGCCUGCGCGACGUGCUCUCCGACGCGUCGGUCGCGCUCGGCUGGCCCCAGAAGCUGCGGCUUCUGCGCUCCGCUGCGCUCGGCGUGCACUAUCUCCACGGGCUGGAGCCCCACCCGAUCCUCCACCGCCACCUCACCUCCUCCACCCUGCUCGUCAUCGACGACGCCUGCACGGGCGUCAAGGUCUCCGGCUUCGGCUUCGCCCGGAUGAAGCUCGAGAGCCAGACCAUGACCGGCCGCUGCGGCUCGCCGUGCUGGACCGCGCCCGAGGUACUCAUGAGCCAGGGCCGACACAGAUCGGCGGGCGAUGGCGACAACGGCGACGGCGACAGCGAUGAGCGGCGGUACCACCACUACGACGAGAAGGCCGACGUGUACUCGUUCGGGGUGGUGAUGUGGGAGGUGCUGACGCGUCAGCAGCCAUUUGCCGGCCGGCCGUUCAUCGAGGUAGCGCUGGACGUCAUCGCCGGCCGCCGGCCGCCGCUGCCGCCCGCCGUGGCCGACAACAACCACCAGGGUGAUGAGGUGGUGCGCGGGUGCUUCCAGGAGCUGGUGGCGCGAUGCUGGCACGCCGAACCGGAGCAGCGGCCCACCAUGGAGCAGGUGGUCUGCACACUGGAUCGGCUCUUGACCAGCGUCCUCGACAACUCACUCGACCACGUCGUGUAA